GCGCAGGUAGUGAUGUCGCGAGAUUUGGAGCUCGCGGGAAAACUUGUUUGUGAGUCCGGAGCGGAGGACGAGCGCGAGGGAAGUUCGAGUGUCGGACCCCGGGAACUCGGGCCGGCAUGAGCCUCUGGGUGGACAAAUACCGGCCCUGCUCUUUGGGACAGCUGGACUAUCACAAGGAGCAGGCGGCCCAGCUGCGCAACUUGGUGCAGUGUGGUGACUUUCCUCAUCUGUUAGUCUAUGGACCAUCAGGUGCUGGAAAAAAGACAAGAAUUAUGUGUAUUCUACGUGAGCUUUAUGGUGUGGGAGUGGAAAAAUUGAGAAUUGAACAUCAGACCAUCACAACUCCAUCUAAAAAGAAAAUUGAAAUUAGCACUAUUGCAAGCAAUUACCACCUUGAAGUUAAUCCCAGUGAUGCUGGAAAUAGUGACCGGGUAGUAAUUCAGGAGAUGUUGAAAACAGUGGCACAAUCACAGCAACUUGAAACAAACUCUCAAAAAGAUUUUAAAGUCGUGUUAUUGACAGAAGUUGACAAACUCACUAAAGAUGCUCAGCAUGCCUUGCGCAGAACCAUGGAAAAGUAUAUGUCCACCUGCAGGUUGAUCUUGUGUUGCAAUUCUACAUCAAAAGUGAUACCACCUAUUCGUAGUAGGUGCCUUGCAGUUCGUGUGCCUGCUCCCAGCAUUGAAGAUAUUUGCCAUGUGUUAUCUACUGUGUGCAAGAAGGAAGGUCUAAAUCUUCCUUCACAACUGGCUCGUAGACUUGCAGAGAAGUCCUGCAGAAAUCUCAGAAAAGCUCUGCUUAUGUGUGAAGCCUGCAGAGUGCAACAAUAUCCUUUUACUGGAGAUCAAGAAAUCCCUGAAACAGAUUGGGAGGUGUAUCUGAGGGAGACUGCCAAUGCUAUUGUCAGUCAGCAGACUCCACAGAGGCUCCUUGAAGUUCGUGGGAGACUCUAUGAGCUUCUGACUCAUUGUAUUCCUCCUGAAAUAAUAAUGAAGGGCCUUCUCUCAGAGCUUUUACAUAAUUGUGAUGGACAACUGAAAGGGGAAGUGGCCCAGAUGGCAGCUUACUAUGAACAUCGUCUACAGCUGGGUAGCAAAGCCAUUUAUCACUUGGAAGCAUUUGUGGCCAAAUUUAUGGCACUUUAUAAGAAGUUCAUGGAGGAUGGAUUGGAAGGCAUGAUAUUCUGACAUCAGUAAUUCUUCCUAAUAUUUCUCAGUAUCAGCAUUUACAUUAAAUUUAUAUUGGAAGAGCUACAGGUGAAGAAACUGGAUCCAGGCAGUUGAGCACAGACUGCCCUCAACUACAUUCAUAGCCACCAACCAAGAAAUAGGCCCUCAGUACUACCCAGCAAACUCACAUUUCUCAGAUCCAGUCUCCACAGUGCCUUUUCCAGAACUUCAUUUAGAGCAGAUAACCUUAUAUCCUUACCAGCCAGCUACCAAAACCAAAUAUGUAUGCAUCCUAUAUUACUCUAUGUUCAUUUGUUUGUAUCCAAUUUACUCUGUGUGCAUUCAUAUUUUCUCUUGAUGAGACAGAGAAGCUGCUCAUCUGUUUUUAAUCCUGAGCCUUGGAUUUCACCAAUUUUAGCCUGUCCCUCAAAACCUAUGAUGUCCCUUUGUCCUUGUCUCUUUUGUCCUCAGUCCCU